UCAGAAAGAUAAGUCAGAACAACUCAAUCUAGAUCUUCCCUCCGUGUGUUAAAUUGCCACAUAACAAACAAAACACUUAAGUUACAGGUAUGGAGUUGACUGCAAUUUGAUAUUAAUGCCUCGGGUAUCAGUUGCGAAGCAAAACAACAAUUUCUAUUUUCUUAAACUCGCAGUGAUUUGGACCCUAGUUAUAAUUUAUAUGCUCCAAUAACCCUCUAAUUCAUCCAAAUCCACAGGAACAGUUAGGGGGGCCAAUGCGAAUGAUCUCUAAGUGGCAUAGACAUCAAGUGCGGCUGAAACAGUUAUUGGAUUAGUCUUCUUCCGCUUCCAUUCCAGGGCUCACUCAUUUCAAGACCAGACAAACGGGCGAUUCUGCAUUGAAAAUUCCUAAAUUAUUCUUGUAUCCAAAUUUACUUCAUUUCAGACAAUCUACGCGAUCUGCAAAAUCCAAGCCGCCCAAUCCGAUUCUUAUGAGAUAUUUGUGGACCAAGUACGAAACUAUAUCACAUGCCUAUAACUGCUAAUUUUCUUUUUAUUGCAGAUCUUCAGGCAACUAUCUUAAAAACUGAGACACUGAUUAUUUCGAAUUCAAUGGUAUGCAAUAAGAAUGACGUUUGCAAUUUGACUUAAAUAACUUGAAUUAAUGAAAGAGAAAACAUAAAACAAAAAAUUGAUUUCAGAAAAUUAUCAGAGACUAAAUAUAAUUACACAAAGAAGAUAAGCGCCAAUUAUUAUCAAAGCGAAACGUACCAACUGCACAGAUUCUUUUUCGUUCUUGUUCGAUAUGAAUUUUGGCAAUUACCAUACUGGCCCAGUUAAAUUCAACCAAGAUCUUCUGAAUAGCUGCAGUCCUCACCCCCACCCCCCAAUGGAAUCGAUAAGGGGCAGGGGUGAAGCAAGCAGACUGGCCCACUUGACCCCGAUUAGUGAUGACGAGGAGCAGUUGACGGGGUGCUGUGUGAUGCCUUCGCCCAGAUCAGCCAAACGAAUCAGAGGAGGAAACGGCGGCAACCGAUCUAUGCCACGUGACGAGACAUUCGAGACAGACAUCUACUCACGCCAGUCAGAGAUGAAUCUGAUGAACAUCAUAAAUGCACCCUCUUCUCCCCCACUUCAACAGACCCAGAACAUCAACUCAAUGGGGGACUUACCCGAACGGGAGGAAGAUGAUCAGCAGAGGCAGAGGCAGCGGCAGGGGGAGGGGGAGGGUGAGGGAGAGGGUGAGGGGGAGGGUGAGGGGGAGGGUGAGGGGGAGGGUGAAGGGGAGGGGAAUGAGGAAGAGAACCUCCCCUUGGUGCCCAGUUCCCCCUCCCCACCACCCCCGAUACACUUUAACCCUGCCGACAACCACACUUACAUCCACAGAGACCAACUGAUGAGUCAUGAGCAGAGUGCAACAGUGUUGGCGGGGGAGCGGCGGGGGAGGAGUCGGUUGAGGGGCCAUGAGUAUAACAGGGACGAAUGUGGGGGCGUGUACUCUAUUGAAGUCAUGCACUCCAGCAAUCUCUGGACCAGCCACCACACCGGCAAUAAAGUGCCCCCCGGCCCACAUGAAAUCAGCCCAGACUUAUUCCACCAGAUGGACCCAACAUUGAACAACGCCCAACUGCAGUUGAGAGGCGAGAUUGACGGAGGUGGGGUCGGGGGCGUGGUCCGCAGAGGGGCCACCGGCAGGGGUAGAGGCGGGGCUGGGGGAGGAAUGAGAAGAGACCACAGCACUGACUCGAACUACUACUCGGAGCUUUCGAGGGAGGAGCAGUUAAAUGGAGUCACAGGAGGGACAGGGAAGCCAAGACGACAAGUGGUGAGGUGUGGCAAGGGGGGCAUCAGUGGACACAAGUUGAGGGAGUUCCAGAGGAGUCACCACCUGCGGAUGGGCAGUGCAGACAGGAGACUCAUUCAAUUCACCAUCGCACAAGUCGAACUAGUACAGCCCAGGAGUCAGUUGCGAGAUGCGGAACUGUCUCUCUACUCGUGUGACCCGAUCAGUGGCUGCAACGUCCUCUUCCUCUCCGGCAACAGGACCCACAAGUUCAUAUCCAUCGCACACCCAGACGACACCCCCACCUUCAUCCAGCGCACCACCCCCUCCGCCUUCACUCUCCACAGAUUCGUCAUCGGGGUGGGGGCUGUUCUGCUGGUGGCCUUCCUCUCCUGCUACUUAUACGUAUUAGUCACCACACUCUCAGAGGUUGUGAUCAAGCGACUCUCUUCGUCUGGAAUCCGACUGGACGUGAACAGCAGGGGCCUCAUGACAUUCAGAAUGAUGCUCCACGGACAGGACCCAGGGGGGGCAUCCGGGGGAGGAGACUUGACAUCCGGCGGAUACAAUCCAGACAGCAAGGAUCCCUACUCCAACAUAUUCGGCCACAGAUGAACUCAAUGAACUCAACUGAAUAAAACUGGAAAUAAGUUGCAAAAGUUCGGGCCAUAGAUAAAUCAAAAAGAGCGGAUCGGUUCAAUUUU